AUGAAGCUAGCUGCUGCCUGCAACUCGAUGGUGGUGAAGGCGAAGCCGUCGAGGGGCGGGAAGAGGACCAAGGCGAGCGGCGGCGCAGCAGGGGCGACGGCGACAGCGGCGGUACUGAUGGAGAAGAAGGACUCGGAGAAGGAGAGGAGGCAGCGCAUGAAGGGGCUUUGCGAUAAGCUCGCGUCCCUCAUCCCCAAAGAACACAACCCCCACGCUGAUACAAUGACCCAGCUAGGCAGCCUAGAUGUGGCAGCAUCAUACAUCAAGAUGCUCAAGGAGAGGGUUGAUGAGCUUCAACAUAAGAAGACCACUGCGCUAGCAAUGGCUACCUUACAAGGAGUUAGUGGCAUCUCGAUCCCCUCUACCACGAGUAGCGGUGCUGGGUCACCGGAAAGGGAAAUGUAUUUGAAGGCAUCGGCACCGGUAGUGGAGGUACGACAACCUAAUGAUUCGAGCAUGGAUGUGAGGAUGAUAUGCAACACAGAGAAGCCGAUCAAGCUCCAUGAGGUGCUCACCAUCCUGGAGGAAGAAGGGGCCGACAUUAUCAACGCCAAUCACUCUGUUGUUGGCCACAAAAUAUUUUACACCAUACACUCCCGGGCCUUCAGCACCAGAAUUGGCAUAGAUGAUUCAAGAAUUUCUGAACGAGUAGGUGCACUGGUUUGA